AUGUUAGCGGGGCCUCGUAGGAAACAAAAAAUAAUAAAUUUAAGAGCUAAAAACAGCGCUUGGAGCAAUGAUACGAACAAGUUUGGCCAAAGAAUGUUGGAGAAAAUGGGCUGGAGUGCCGGAAAGGGGUUAGGUGCUAAUGAAAACGGAAUAGUUGAACAUAUCGUAGCCAGAUAUAAAAAUGACGAAAAAGGUCUCGGUUAUGAAGACAAAAACGAUCAAUGGACGAAACACGAAGACGAUUUUAACUCUUUACUAGCUAACCUCUCAAAUAACUCUGAAAACAACACAGAGAAUUUACACAGUGGUGUAUCAUUAGAAGAUAAGUCAAAGAAAAGUAAGGCUCGUAUACACUACCACAAGUUCACCAGAGGCAAAGAUCUGUCUCGGUACAGCGAGAAGGACCUGGCAAACAUAUUUGGGAAGAAAACCUUUAAGCAAGAAAAAGUUCAAGAACCCGUUAAAGAUGAUAAUAAUAAAGUAGAACAAAAAUUUACUGAGAAAGGAAAUAUGGAUGAUUAUUUUAAGAGUAAAUUAGCAUCACUUAAAAAUAAGCCAAAGUUAUUAAACAAUGAUAAUAUUGAUAGGGAGGAGGUAGACUAUGGUUUUCAGGGAUUUUCUACUGAAACAAAUAGUCAGAGUGACGAAUAUGAUAUUCCCAAAGUAGGCUUUCAACCAUUCUCUUUUUAUGGGACACAAACAAAUAAUGACAAUAAACAAGACACAGAUAUAUCUGAAGGUAAUGAAGUUGUUAAGAGUAAGAAGAAAAAAUCAAAACAGAAACAUGAUAAUGUAGAUACAGAAAAUUGCUCCGAAUCACAAGAAGUUAAUUCAAUGUCUGAACAAAAUUCAGAAGAACAGGUAUUGCCAGUGAAAAAAAAGAAAUCUAAAAAGGAUAAAACAAAAGAAAUAGAUAGCGAAUGUAUCCAAAGUAGCAAGAUUAAAAAGAAAAAAAGGAAAAAUGAACUUGAGUGUAUUAAUGAAGACCAGCAAAGUGAUCAAAAUAAUACUGAAUUAUUAGAUAAUAAUGUACCUAAAAAGAAAAAGAAAAGAAAAAAUAAAGAUGAAUAA